AUGGGGCGCAGAAAGAGUAUCGGGGAUGGAAGGAGCACAUGCAUUGGAACCGACCCUUGGCUUCCUAUUCCUACGGAUCCUUAUGUUGCAACACCUUUGGAUGAGUCGAUUCGUAUGUCACCGGUUUCGACAUUGUUUAAUACCCAGGGCAGUGGUUGGGAUGCAGACUGUGUGAAGGACAUAUUUGACGUUAGAGAUGCAAACAUUAUUCUAAGUAUUCCUGUAAGCCUGCGAAAGCCUCCAGAUGCAUGGGUUUGGAUGUGGGAAUCAAAAGGGUGUUAUUCAGUGAAAUCGUGCUACAGAAUGCUGCUGGGGGAAUUUCAGUCGAACUAUAACUGGCAGUUAAUAUGGAACUUAAAUAUCCCACCCAAGAGAUGCAUUGCUCACGAAACAUAUUCCUUGUUCCCAGGUGUGUCAUAUGUGCGGGGGGGGGGGGUGGAGGAAUCUGCCUACCAUUUAUUUGUGGAGUGCCCGGAGGCUGCGCCAUUGUGGACUGGACUUGGGGUGCCGGCGGUGCAACAUGAGCAAGGUAAUGUUGUAGAUUGGUUUUUUGCUCUAAUAGCUGUGCUUGAUGAAGAUAUUAAAUGUAAGUUUGUUAUUUUGUGCUGGGGUAUAUGGGGUAGCAGAAAUGAGCUGGUAUGGAAAGGAAACCCUUUUGUGCGUCAUUUGGUGGCUACUUCAUCACUCAAUUUCCUUGCUAGCUGGAAGGUUGUACAAGAAUGUGAUCAGACUACUACUGCUCCCAGAAUAAAUAUAGAAACCUGGAGAAAGCCUAGCCACGGCAGAUUGAAAAUGAAUACCGAUGCGGCUUUGGAUGUUGUUAAUAAUUCUAUGGGUCUGGGCUGGGUGCUACGUGAUGAUGAAGGCCGUUUUCUUGCAUGUAAAAGCCUGUGUAUAUCGGGUUGUUAUGGGGUGAAGGAGGCUGAAGCAUUGUGUAUCCGAGAAGCGCUAAGUUGGUUAAAAGAUACAGGAAUGGGUGAUGUUGAUGUGGAGACCGAUUCUCAAUUAGUUUACUAUGCGUUACGUUCGAACUCUUUUAAUUCUGCUUUUGGUUUUAUUUUAAAUGAUGUAAAAGAAGUUGCUUCCAUGAUUAAUGGUGUUGACUUCUGUUUUGCUAAGCGAUCUGCGAAUCGCGCCGCCCAUACGGUUGCUAGGGAGGUCGUUUCUAUGUCAGGUUGCGGGGAGUGGUUUGACACCCCUCCUCCUUUCCUUGUGGACUAUCUUUCUGAUGAUUUAAUGAAUUAA